AUGGAAAGAGACAUUCCAAAAAUUCAGGCAGAUACGAAAGAAGAUAUACUUUACAUACAAGAAGAAAUUAAAAAUUCCGCCUUAAAAACUGUAGAAAAACAUUUUGGAACUGAUGCAGAUCUUCAGUUAGGUCAAACUGUCGCAACCCUCUGGGUCAACGACACUUUUGAAUUGGCAGCUCCAAAUUUGGAAGUGAACGGGUUAGAUUAUAAUAUAGUUCUCAAGGAAAAGGACGAUACGGAAACACUUAAUGAAAACUUAAGGCAUAAAGUACAAACGCUUCAGGCAGAAAUAGAAGCGAAGACCCUGCUUAUCGCGCAAAAACGGAAAACAUUACCUGAUCAAGCAGAAGUUUUAAUUCAAGAUAUGAUAAAGAGACAGUCGAUACUGGUAAAUGAUGCAGAAUUUAUCAAUGACAAAGAGAAAAUGGAAGAAAAUAUAGGAUCAUUGGAUGUGAUGCCAAGUAUACAAUUCGUAGAACAAAUACAUCAAACGUACAAUCGAAGUCUUUCACUUUUAUCGGAUCUAAAAAAGCAUUCAGGGCUCUCUCUAAAAGAGAUAGGUUAA